GCGGCGCGUGGACGCCCGGUCUUGCACAGGUCUCUGGAUUAUGUAUGUUCGUAUUGCAUACUGUUUCCACGGCGAGAGUUAAAAGUGAACAACGUUCGCUCGGCAAACGUGACGUUUCCGCUUAAAUAUUUGCUGCCUCGUUGCUUUUCGAAACUGUGCUACAAGGAAUUAAAAGUGGUACGCUCUAUUUUGAAUUUUCGUCGUUAGCUCAUGCGCACUAAAUGGAGGCAAAAGCGAACAGACGAGGUUCAGGUGGCGUUGGGUGUAGCGGUGUCGCCUUCUCGACGUCGAGGACGCAGCUGUACCGUGGAACCGGAUUACUGUGCUUCACCUGCAGCCUCUGUUUCAUUCUCAGCCUGAUCUGCACGUCUCUGGCCACGUUGUUGGUCAUUCUCGAUCAGAAAGUCGAAGCUGCCAGCUGUCCUAACUCCUUCUUUGUCAUGAACAAAGCACCGGUCUCCGAAGCGUCUUUUCGAUUACCGCAAGACGUGAAACCACUGCACUAUGACGUCUACUUGCAUCCAGAUCUCGAGAAGGGUACCUUCCAGGGUAAAGUUACGAUCUUGAUCGAUGUCCUCGCCAGGACGAAGUAUAUAGCGGUUCAUCAGAAGGACUUAAACAUCACGUCCACCGCACUUGCGACUUACGAUCGCGAGGAGAACUAUGAGAUUAAGAUCGCGGAGACCAAGGUGAUAUCGCAACACGAAAUGUUCAUGGUGACGAUGAAUGAUGAGCUUCACACGGGAAUGUACAAUUUAAGCUUCGAGUUCAGCGGCGCGCUGCAACCCGACAAGAUCGUUGGCUUCUAUUCCAGCAAGUACAAGGACGCGCAGAACAGAACCAGAUACAUCGCUACUUCGAAAUUCGAACCGACAUACGCGCGAAGAGCGUUCCCAUGCUUCGACGAGCCCGCGUUCAAGGCGGAAUUCACGGUGAAGCUCGUUCAUCCUUCCGGCGAUUGCUAUAGCGCUUUGUCUAACAUGAACGCCGAGAGCAGCCAGUUAAAUCACCCGUCACCCGGACUGACGACAGUGAAGUUUGCGAAGAGCGUACCAAUGUCUACGUAUUUAUCUUGCUUCAUAGUCAGUGAUUUCGUUGCUGUCACCAGCAUGGCGAAGGGCCUGAACGGUCGUCAGUUCCCUGUCAGCGUGUACACUACGAAGGCUCAGAAAGAGAAGGGUUCGUUCGCCCUCGACAUUGGCGUGAAGAUCAUCGAGUAUUACAUCAAUCUUUUCGAUGUCGAUUAUCCGUUGCCAAAGCUUGAUAUGGCGGCCAUUCCUGACUUCGUGUCUGGCGCGAUGGAGAACUGGGGACUCGUCACCUACAGAGAGGCGAGGCUAUUGUACGACAAUAGGACGAGUUCCACUGCCAAUACGUACGACAUCGUCACCGUGAUCAGUCACGAGUUUGCUCACAUGUGGUUCGGAAAUUUGGUUACGAUGUCCUGGUGGAACGAUCUGUGGUUGAACGAGGGCUUCGCUUCCUUCAUGCAAUAUAAAAGCGCGAAUGGAACUCUUCCGGAUUGGGGGAUGAUGGACCUAUUCCUCGUCGAGCAAAUGCACUCUGUUUUCGUGACCGAUGCGAAAUUGAGCUCCCACCCGAUCGUCCAAACUGUCAGCAACCCUGACGAAAUAACCGCGAUCUUCGACGAGAUAUCAUAUAAAAAGGGAUCGUCGUUGCUUCGAAUGAUGGAGAACUUCAUUGGACCCGAAGCCUUCUACGGUGGCAUCCGCACAUACUUGAUUAAAUUCAUGUACCACAACGCGAAAACGUCAGAUCUCUUUGCAAUUUUGCAAGACGCCUCGGCGAAGAACGUAAAUCUGACAGCGGUCAUGGACACGUGGACCAGGCAGAAAGGUUUUCCUGUGGUCAACGUGAAAAAAUCUGGCAACAAAUACAUAUUGACGCAAAAACGAUUCCUGGCUGAUCCCGAUGCUCAAUUCGAUACCUUCGAUUCCGAUUAUGGGUACAAGUGGACCAUUCCUAUUACAUACAUCACGAACAAAAUGUCUAAGCCGACGCUUUUGUGGUUCCAGAAGGAUGCGAACAAUCUGGAAAUCGAAUUCAAGGAGACAAUCGACUGGAUCAAGUUCAACGCGGACGAAGUUGGAUAUUAUCGCGUUAAUUAUGAAUCGACCGAGUGGGAGAUUCUUAGCAAAUUGCUUCGAGCUGAUCACAAGAAAUUAUCAGUUUCGGAUAGAGCGCAUCUUCUAGAAGAUGCGUUCAGCUUGGCAGCAGCUGGAGAACUCGAGUAUGGGGUCGCAAUGAACAUGACAGCGUAUCUUCCCAAGGAACGUCACGCUGUCCCAUGGAUGGUUGCCUCGUCGAAGUUGACAGCUAUUGAUACUUUGUUGUCGUCGACCAAUUCAUCAUCGAAAUUCAAGAAAUACGUGAGAAAAUUGAUGAACGACAUUUACAAUCACGUAACAUGGAUCGUUGACGAUUCCAAUGAUCGUACCACUCUGAGACUUCGAACGUCUGUCCUCGGACUAGCUUGCUCCGUGGGUCACGAAGCAUGUCUCGCUCACGCUGGGACAUUAUUUACAAGCUGGACACAAGAUCCCGCGGAUAUUCGUCCACAUCCUGAUAUCCGACAGCUUGUUUAUUAUUAUGGCAUGCAAGGUAUUAACGACGAAGCGGCGUGGAAGAAAGUGUUCGAACGGUUUGUCGCCGAAACCGAUUCGACAGAGAAGCUGAAGUUGAUGAAAGGAUUGGCUGGAAUACGGUCCCCCGAGAUCCUGAACGGCUUCAUAACAACAGCCACCGACGAAAAUUACGUUCGCUCCCAGGACUUCUUCGGCUGCCUUUCCGCCAUUUCUGGAAAUCCCGUAGGAACCCCGCUGGUCUGGGACUGGGUCCGCUCUAACUGGGAGUUCCUCGUGAACAGAUACACCUUGAACGAUCGAAAUCUCGGAGCCUUGAUUCCCGAGAUCACCAAAACUUUCGCCACCGAGACGAAGCUGAACGAGAUGCAAGCGUUCUUCGCCAAGUAUCCCGACGCGGGCGCUGGCGCCAUGAAUCGUGCAAAAGCAUUGGAAACCGUAUCGAACAACAUCAAGUGGCUCGCCAAAAAUAGUGGAAAGCUGGAAAGCUGGCUGAACACGCACGUGUAAACCAAUUGAGCGGCUGAAGUGUAUCGCGUGUGUCUGUGUUUGUGUAUGUUACCGAUGAUCCACGCCAAAGAAGAUUUCAAAUAGUUGUGUACCGCGAUGGUUCGAGGAAACGAGAUUCGCUUUCGAUAAAUCUGGUGAAACGGUAUAUGCGUUUUCGAAAAGAGAACCGUAAGACGCUUGCUAUUUAAGGAAAUUCUCAAGGAUGAAACGUUUGGUACAGACUAACCCAUCUCGCAAAUUUUCUCAUUUCCAGCGAAUGCUUUCGAAUCGGAAACACUUUGAAGUUCAAACGCUCGCUAAUUUCAUCUAAGACUAACACGAAACGCAAAUCGAUUGCAGGGUCUACCGAAUGCAUUUAACUGCAUUUUACAACGAAUGCAUUUCUGCGAAAUAUUUCUAUUUAUACUGGUCAAUUGUGGCUCUCGUCGCGAGGAGUUUUGUAAUUUCGUCGAGAAAUAAAAUGUUACCGAGC